AUGAUUCUGAAUCAGCGACCAGAACUCGUUAGAAUCUUGCGGGUUUGCACAAGGAAGAAGCUUUCUUCUCAAGGGGGUCAAGUCCAUGGUUUUCUUCUCAAGUCUGGAUCAGCGUUGGAUUUGAUCGUGAGCAAUUAUCUUAUCGACAUGUACAGCAAAUGCAGAGAGCCCUUCAUUGCUCACAAGGUGUUCGACACUAUGCCUGAGAGAAACGUCGUUUCGUGGACUGCACUCAUGAGUGGACAUGUAUUCAACGGCGACCUUAACGGAUCCUUAUCUCUCUUCGCUGAAAUGAAGCGUCAUGGUGUUGUUGACCCGAACGAGUUCACUUUCUCCACGAAUCUAAAAGCUUGCGGCUUGCUUAACGCAAUUGAAAAGGGGUUGCAGAUCCAUGGGUUUUGCUUGAAGAUUGGUUACGAGACGAUGGUUGAGGUUGGGAAUUCUUUAGUUGACAUGUACUCGAAAUGUGGAAGAAUCAGCGAAGCUGAGAGAGUGUUUCGUUCCAUGGUUGAUAAAAGUCUUAUCACCUGGAACGCGAUGAUAGCUGGGUAUGUGAAUACGGGUUGUGGUGGGAGAGCUUUGGCCACGUUUCGUGAGAUGCAAGGCUCAAAGGUUAGAGAAAGACCUGACGAGUUCACAUUGACGAGUAUGUUAAAGGCUUGCAGCAGCAGUGGUAUGAUUCAUGGAGGGAAACAGAUACAUGGGUUUCUGAUCAGGAGUGGGUUCCAAUGUCAGAGCUCCGCAACCAUCACUGGCUCUCUCGUUGAUUUCUACGUCAAGUGUGGUAAUCUUUUUGGUGCUCGGAGAGCUUUUGAGCAAAUCAAGGAGAAGACAAUGAUCUCUUGGAGUUCUUUGAUUCUUGGAUAUGCUCAAGAAGGUGACUUUGUGGAGGCUAUGGGUUUGUUUAGGCGAUUUAGAGAGCUAAACUCUCAGAUUGACAGUUUUGUUCUUUCUAGCAUCGUUGGAGUCUUUGCUGAUUUUGCGCUCUUGCGGCAAGGGAAGCAAAUGCAGGGACUUGCUGUGAAACUCCCAUCAGGGUUAGAAACAUCUGUUGCAAAUUCAGUGGUGGACAUGUAUCUCAAGUGUGGAUUCGUUGAUGAAGCUGAGAGAUGCUUCUCUGAGAUGCAAUCGAGAGAUGUGAUCUCCUGGACGGUGAUGAUCACUGGCUAUGGGAAGCAUGGGCUUGGCCAAAAAGCAGUUGGUGUUUUCAACGAAAUGUUGAGACAUAACAUUGAACCUGAUGAUGUAUGCUACUUAGCUAUACUCUCAGCUUGUAGCCAUUCAGGUAUGAUCGAAGAAGGCAAAGAGCUUUUAUCCAAGUUAGUAGAGACACGAGGGAUCAAACCUAGGGUUGAACACUAUGCGUGUGUUGUUGAUCUAUUAGGACGAGCUGGUCGUUUGAAAGAAGCUAAACAUCUUAUUGACACAAUGCCGGUGAAAGCAAAUGUGGGAAUAUGGCAAACACUUCUUAGCGGAUGUCGGUUACACGGGGACAUCAAGCUAGGUGAGAAAGUUGGUGACAUUAUUUUGAGGAUGGAUGGUGAAAAUCCUGCGAAUUACGUGAUGGUGGCUAACCUUUAUGGACAAGCCGGUUAUUGGAACGAACAUGGGAGGACACGAGAGAUUGGGAAGAGGAAAGGGUUGAAGAAAGAAGCUGGUAUGAGCUGGGUGGAGAUUGAGAGAGAGGUACAUUUCUUCCGUAGCGGAGAUGAUUCACAUCCACUGACGCUUGGGAUCCAGGAGACUUUGAGAGAAGUUGAAAGAAGAAUGAAGGAAGAAGUGGGGUAUGUCUAUGGCGUGAAGCAAGAAUUGCAUGAUAUAGACGACGAGUCGAAGGAGGAGAACCUUAGAGCUCACAGCGAGAAGCUAGCGAUUGGUCUGGCGUUGGCAACAGGCGGUUUGAGCCAGGAAGGGAAGACGAUAAGAGUGUUCAAGAACUUGAGGGUAUGCGUGGACUGUCAUGAGUUUAUCAAGGGGUUGUCUAAGAUCUUGAAGAUGUCGUUUGUUGUGAGAGAUGCUGUUCGGUUUCACAGUUUUGAAGAUGGUCGUUGUUCCUGUGGGGACUACUGGUGA